GACUAGUUGGGAAUAGAUAUCUCGAUCGGAUGGCUUCACUAAAGCCUCUCAGAGAGCACGUGGACAAGCAUUAGCCCUCCACGGGUUAACUUUGCGCAGCCGCCGUUCCCGCGAACCUAAGGCACUCCCACAACGCAGUCCUCCUCACAGCAUAGCAGCUCCGCCACAAUUCCCACCGCCAGUUUUGAGACCACUCUCUAUCACUUCAAGACCGCACUGAGUUUUUUUAGGACAUUCUCCUCGCGAAUUUCGCCAUUUCUGAUGUGCUUGUUUACAUUAUAUUCAACUCUAUCCAAUCCAGAAUCCACUGGCUAAACUCAUUCUCCUGAGAGUACCGCGAGGCUAACCAUGGAGCUCUCGUGUCGUCCAGCCAUUCACACGAGUCCCAUUGCAUCCGGUAAUGCGUCCGGUUCCACGGCCUCCACUAACCGCGCCUCUUCCGCUUCUUACGCCGCCUCUUGCGCUGCAUCGUCCCCCGGAGCUUCCGCCGUGUCUUGCGCUGCGACUUUCAGCAUUGCCCAGUCGGAAAUCAACGGCUCGCGGUUCCUCUCACGGGGCUCCUCUGCAGUCACCCCCGCUCCCGCCUCCCGCUCCACAACCCGUCUCCCGCGCUGGCGACGUGAUGGUAACCAGUUCUCCCGCGUUACUGUCACAUCAGCGGCCGCAGCAGAAGGCGGGUCAGGCGGAGGGGAGGUGGAGAAUGCGGGAGUUAGCAGCAGCAGCAGCAGCAAUAGCGGGAGCACGGAAGCAGGAGGGCUUGGAAGCGGCGGCAGCACCAGAAGUGAUACCAGCAGCGGUCGGGAGGCGGGAUCUGCGGCGAGUGAGGCGCAACAACGGGAGGAGCAGCAGCAGAUAGAGGAGAUUCUCGCCGUGUUGGAACAGCAACUUAAAGACGCCACUGCGGAGGAGAAUUACCGCGAGGCGGCUCGGCUGAGGGACGCGAUCCGGGAGGUGGAGGCGCGGGACCCCGUGCGACGACUGAAGCAGCAGCUGGAGGCGGCGAUCGCCGGGGAGCGGUACGAGGAGGCGGCCUCUCUGUCGGCGGAGCUCGCGCGGAUCGCUCCGCCCCCCCCGCCGCCGCCCGCUCUCCCCGCGUCCUCCUGCACCAGCGACACUCUCACUGAGGGCGUGCGAGUGGUGGUGCGCAGUGUGUUCGUGCGGCACCGCAGCGACCCGGCGCGGUCGCACUUCUUCUUUGCGUACCGCGUGCGCAUCACCAACGAGGGCCCGCGCGUCGUGCGCCUGGUCAACCGCCACUGGCUUAUCACCAACGGCAAGGGGCGCGUCGAGCACGUCAGGGGACCGGGGGUGGUGGGACAGCAGCCGGUGCUGCCGCCAGGAGCCACCUUUGAGUACACGUCCAUGUGUCCCCUCGACACCCGCAAGGGCGCCAUGGAGGGCGAGUUCGAGAUGAUUGACACAUCAACGUCAACUACUUUCCUGGCCAAGAUUGGGGCAUUUGCUCUAGACGCGGACGAAGACGGCCUUUGAAAGAAGGUUCUUGAAGAUGGCUCUGGUCUGAUCUGAUAUGAUCUAAUCCACUAUACAGUUGCUGGCAUUACAUUAUACCACCCCAAUUCCUUGUCCCUACUGCUCUUCAGGUGACAGUUACUCCCCCGCACACAUUUUUGCUUACCGGUAUGCUAAGUUACGUGUGAUUUCUAUCACGGAUUGUAACACAUGGUACCAUUCUUUUCUAAUG